AUGCGAAGAUACAGGCCCGGCGGCGGCGGUCCGGUGCGCGCCCAUGGCGGUGUCGCUGUCCCGGACCCCUUCGCCAUGGUGCGCGCGUACGACAGCGACACCAAUCCCGCCCGCCCCAUACGCCCCUCUCCUCUGGCCGCCUCUACCAUCCAGGGUCUCCCACUCGACCUGCUCGACCGCCUGCGCUCCUUCCCUCUCUUCCAGGCAGCCCCGGACUCCUUCCUCACCGCCGUAGGACUGCACCUCAAGCCGCAACUCUACCAGCCGCACGACACCAUCCUCACCGAGGGCGAGACGGGCAAGGCCAUGUACUGGCUGGUGCGCGGUGCCGUGCGAGUCACCUCCCGGGACCAGGAGAGUACAUAUGCGGAACUGAAGCCUGGUGCUUUCUUUGGCGAGAUUGGCAUCCUGAUGGACAUCCCCCGCACCGCCACCAUCAUCGCCAACAUGCGCUCGCUCGUCGUGCGUCUGAACAAGGAGGAUCUCAAGAAGGAGCUGCCCAAGUUCCCCGAGGUCGAAAUGGCCAUCAUGCACGAAGCGCAGGAGCGGCUGGCCAUCCUGGAGCGCAAGAAGAAGGAGCUCCGCGGCAAGCGCCCCGCACUUCCCCUGCGCCAGAUCACGGGCAAGCGCGAACGGGAGGACGGCGACGUGGUCAUGGCAGAGACAGGUGUCUUGCGUGAUGGCGACGUCGUCAAUGCAUACAAGAAAAGGAAGUCUCCGAGUCCGGGACUCACCGACGCAAUAGCCCAUAGCGCGUUCGGAAACGGUGGUGUCCAUGUGAGACCUCUGCUCAAAGAACUGCCGCUCUUCUCCAGCCUGCCCGACGAUAUCCUGCACUUUAUCGGCAUGCGCGCGCAGCCGCUCACCUUCCCUCCCUUCUACGACAUCAUCAAGCAGGGCACUCAGGGGCGCGACGUCUUCUUCAUCGUCAAGGGCGAAGUCGAGGUGGUGAAUGUGAAUGGGCCCGAGAUGAACGGACACACAUCGCCCAUUCUAGGCCGCAGAAGAUCCAUCGCCGCAGGUGAACACCACUUCCAAGAAGUCAGGGCGCGGUUAAAAACAGGCCAGUACUUUGGCGAAGUCGUCAGUCUCUCACUAGCACCCCGCCGAACCGCGACUGUCCGCUCCGUCUCUUCUGUGGAGCUUCUGAUGAUCAGUGGGGAUACCCUGAACCAGCUGUGGGAAAAGUGCACGCCAGAUGUACGGCGGCAGGUCGAGUCGGUCGCGAAAGAGAGAUUACAGACCGCAAAGGACAACGACGUACACAUGGCCGACAUCAAUGGCACCCCCAAUAUCGACGACCUUGCGAUUGUCGACAUCACAGUUCCUCGAACGCCGAGGCGAAAGAAGAGCGUGCCGACCGUUACUUUCAAUGACAUCCCCAACCACAUCGACAGCCCCGUCACUCCCUCGCGAAGAGAGGAGAAGGUCAUGGAGCCAUUCGACCCUGACCCGUUCCUCAAUGUUGACUUGGAUAACGUCCGAUCGAGAUCGAGAAGAGGGUCAUUAGCACCGCCUACUCCAGAGUCUCCGCACAGUCCGACAAAGAGCGAGUUUCCCAAAAACCCGUCGGCAAACGGGUCGCCACUGUCGCCGUCGCCCAUGCCCAUCUCAAAGCACACUUCAACGCCACCAGACGCUCCUCUCGACUUCAAGCGACCGCGCAUGAUAAGGAGACCGAGCAAGUACAGCAGAGGAAGGUUACCGGAUCCGCUCUUGACCAAGGUCUUUGCGUAUCUCAACAUACACGAGCUGAUGAAGUUGCGGAGCGUAUCGUGGCAUUGGCACAAGACCAUCUCUUCAUCACCCGACAUCAUGCACAACCUCGAUCUGACCAAAUUCAACCGAAAAGUCACUGACCGCACACUUGUCGACAUAAUAUGUCCCUUUGUCGGCACGCGGCCAAGAUACAUCAACAUCAGCAACUGCUUCCACGUCACGGACGAAGGCUUUGCAGAGUUGGCCAAGACGUGCGGGCCAAGCGUACGGAUAUGGCGCAUGAAGAGCGUGUGGGAUAUUACAGGACCGGCAGUCCUCGAGAUGGUACAAAAGGCAAAAGGACUGGAAGAGGUCGACCUCAGCAACUGCAGAAAAGUAGGAGACAACCUUCUCGCUCGCAUAAUCGGCUGGGUCGUUCCCGAACUUCCACCACAAAUGGCAAUGGCACACGCACAGCACCAAGCGCAAAUGAACGGCCGGAGAGGAAAGGGGGCAAACAGCCAGCCGCCGCCGCAACCACUGCCACCGGGGACGGUUGUUGGAUGCCCGAAGCUUCGGAGGCUAACCCUGAGUUACUGCAAGCACAUCACCGACCGAAGCAUGGCGCAUAUUGCUGUCCAUGCCGCCAACAGGAUCGAAAGCAUUGAUCUGACAAGAUGUACAACUAUCACAGAUGUGGGCUUCCAGCACUGGAGCGUCUACCCCUUCCCGCGGUUGACGAAGCUGUGUUUGGCCGACUGCACAUACCUCACAGACAACGCCAUCGUCUAUCUCACCAACGCGGCCAAGGGGUCCUUCUGUUGCGCCCUCUCCGAUACUGCAACAGAAGUCCUCGCCCUCGGCCUCCCCUCCCUCACACAUCUCAACCUCGCCUUCUGCGGCUCCGCCGUCUCCGACACCUCCCUCCGCUGCAUAUCCCUACACCUCCUCGAACUCCGCAAUCUGUCUGUGCGCGGCUGUGUCAGGGUCACCGGGACCGGUGUCGAGGCUGUCAUCGAGGGAUGCAGAGACUUAGAACUCUUCGAUGUCAGUCAGUGCAAGAAUCUUGGACGAUGGCUGGACGCAGGUGGCGUCCAGGCAGUCAAACAACGAGGACGAAACGUCAAGUUUGAAACGGUGGCGGAUGGCAAGUGGAGGGUUGGAAAGCAGCCGUUGUAA